ACUUGGGGAUUGUCAGAAAAUAAUCAGUUCUCAGUUCUUCCAAUCGGUUGAUUAUUUUAAAAUAAACAUCUUGUAAUUCAAUCUAAAAAGAAAAUUCAAGGAAAAUGUUCAAAACACAAUUCGAUAAAGAGACAAAAUUGUGGAAAGGUCGUGAUUCACUUCCACUAUACAACCCAAAAAUAUCACUUGCUCAAGUGUUUUUUCGAACUUGUUUGAAUUUUGGACCAAAAAUCGCUCAGAUAAGUGAUGAUUCUGGUAUUCAAUUGACUUAUGAUGAACUUCGUAUGAAAACAAUUCGAGCUGCGCAAAAUCUUCAAAAACGUGGCUAUCGAUCAAAACAAGUAUUCGGAGUUUUGGCCAAAAAUUCACACCAUUUGGCACCGAUUGUGUUCGCUUCACUCGCUAUUGGCAGUGCAGUCAAUACACUUGAUCCAACCUUUGGAAAAACCGAACUUUUGCAUAUGCUGAAAACAAUUAAACCAGCAUUGAUAUUUUGUGACGUAGAGGCUUGUGAUCUUGUGAAAGUGUGUUUGAAUGAAUUGAACAAUGAUGCAAAGAUAUUCACAUUUGGUGGCAGCACGGACGAUUCAGAACAAGUUGAGAAUUUAUUUGUGGAAACGCAUAAUGAGUCCAAGUUUGUUCCAGUGCAAAUCGAUGGUGAAAACGAUACAGCAGCAAUUGUUUGUUCCAGUGGUACAACAGGAUCGUCAAAAGGAGUAUGUUUAUCGCAUGCCGCUUUGCUUGAUUGUGCUGAAUCUUUCUAUGCAAUAACCACGAAUGAUGUGCUGUUGUCAUUCAGUUCAUUGUAUUGGAUUUCUGGUUGGUUUGUCCUAUUAACUGGUAUCAUUAACGGUGCAACGCGUGUUAUAACAACAGAACCAUAUAGUCCAGAAGUACAUCUUCGGCUCAUUGAGCAGUACAAAGUAACAUUUUCAAAGAAUGCACCUCAUCAUUUGGCUAUGAUAUUGAAAAGUGAGCGCCUUGAUCACACCAAUUUGUCGAGCCUGAACAUUCUGGCGGUCACAGGUGGAAAAUGUUCACUUAAUGUUCAAAAUGAAAUCAAUGCCAGAUUACCAAACGGAAAAGUUUUUGCUGUUUAUGGACUAAGUGAGUCAGCCGGGCCGAUGACAUGUAGUUUGGGUAACACUGAUUCAGUGGGUCAGCUUGUGAGUUUUUUCACUAUAAAAAUUAUCGAUGAAGAUGGAAAACGUUGUGGCGUCGGUGAAAAUGGCGAAGUUUGCUUUAAAACAAAUUAUACAUUUCUUGGUUAUUACGACAAUCAGAAAGCCACAGAUGAAGCAUUUGAUGUAGAAGGAUAUUUCUUAACUGCCGACAUUGGCCAUUUUGAUGAAGAUGGAAACUUAUUUAUUGUUGAUCGCAGAAAAGAUAUUAUCAAAUAUUGUGGAUAUCAAAUUUCACCUUCGCAAAUUGAAUCCUAUUUAGUUGGCGUGGCGGGUGUUAAAGCAGUAUGUCUUAUUGGAAUAGCAAGUGAUAUGGGAACUGAUUUACCAACAGCCUUUGUUGUGCGCAACGAAGAAUCUAACAUUACAGAGGCAGACGUCAUCAAACUGGUUGACGAUCAUUUUGCUGACUACUGUAAACUAAGAGGUGGCGUUUAUUUCGUCGAAUCUCUUCCAAUGACUCCAUCCGGUAAAAUUUUACGACGAAAAGUUAGAGAAAUGGCUUCCAAUCUAAAGAAUAGGAGCUUACAGCCAAAUAACAAAUAAUUUAUUAUUUUUCUUUGAAUAGCAGAACAAAAAUGUGUAAAAAAUUAGAAAAUAAAAAUAAAUGAUUACCUAUA